AUGUUUAGGAAGUUAAACCAUGUGUUCCGUCCCAAUCAUCACGGCCGAAGAGAGAGGGACGAUUUCGGGCCGGACUACCACAGCGCCUGCACUGUUAGGCUGGUCCGCAGCACCUCCAUGGUGGUGUUGGGAGAGAGGACCAAGUCUUCCGAUAAUCCUAAUUUGAAACGGAGCAAGAGCACCGUGAGCAUGGAGUCCACUUUGUACUAUUACCACAUGCAAGAGGAUCGUGUUUGGCUUUAUUCCCAUGAGCAGAGCUGUCUGGAGUACCUGCAGGCGCUGGUGGCUCUGCGGCGGCGCUACACGAAGAGUGUGAGCGACUUAAAUGUGGGCGAGGCCAAGGCUAAAGUGUCCUCGAAGAAAAAAGCGGCACCUCCGGUGCCUCCAAGAAAACCUGAAACAAGAACAAUCCCUUCGGCGCCGCCCAUGCCCAACGUGGAGGACACGCUGCAAUUUCUGGAUGAGGUGAUUGCAAGUUGUGACAGUGAACCUCAACGCAAACCCUACGCGGAUGAUGGACACGCCGACGUGGACUUCAUAGUGGCAUCCAGCUCAGCAGAACAUGACAUCCACUCCAACUGGCUCUUGCGGGUUCCUCGAGCGGCAAGUCACUCUGACGGGAAGCAGGAAUGUCUUGCAAGUGCCAAAGAGAAAGUCCUCAAUAAGAAGAACAAAAGCGGGUCGACCAGCAGCAGGUUGCGUCUGCAGAGGAACCCUAUCCAUUUGCCCAAAGUGGUGGAUAGCGCUCUGCAGACACUUCGCUUCAAGUCCAAAAAGUCCUGA